AUGAGAAUAUACCGGCCUCCCAACAACUUUGCGGGCUCCUGUCGACGACACCUCACCAAUCUUCGCAUGACCACCAACUUUUCGACCUACUUCUCUACAUUCAAGGAACUUUUGGGCGCCCUCCUUGGUUAUGCCUCCACCGACGCUGCCAAGACCACGGUCAACGAGUUUGCCCAAACAUCCUUUAUCGACAACUGCCCCUUGGUUCUUCAACAGAUGAUCGAAGGACACAUUAUUCAAAACCCCAAUAUCACCCUCAUUCAGAUCUUUCAAUACGCCCAAGAGAUGGACCGCAUUUACUCCUUCAAACCCGACACCGGCCCCAAGACCAACUCGCUCGCCAUCGCCUCCGCCCCCAUUAUUUCUUCCUUCACCUCUUCCUCCGCUCUCUCUCAAGCCACCCCCAUGGAAAUCGACAACAUCCAGAUCGCCCUCAACAAUAUCACCCAACGAUUUAAUCGCCUAGAGAGAAACAUGGGUCAUAACAAUAACUACAACCGCAACAACAAUAAUAACAACGGCCCCCGAAACAAACAACAACAACGGUAA